AGAAAAAGGAAAAUUUUAAGCGGUUGUGCCCAUGUAAAUAUAGAGUUCUGAUGAAACUAAUGUCCUUGGCUGCUGCGCCGCAGGUCUGUAAGAGGGAUUUAGAAUCUAGGGUUUUGAUAUGCGAAAAAUGAGAAGCAUAAGCAGAUUGAAGUGGUUGUGCACGAUUAUGGUUGAAAAACCCCAUGGCGUAACGAUUGGUGGUGCGAUUGGCGUGAGGGUCAGAGUCGGAGCGGCUCAAACGCAUUCCUUUACAACUGGAGCAUACUCUGUGAAGUCAAGGGAUGAUGCUGAUGCCAUAAAAAUGAUUGUGGAUCUGCGCUCAUCCAGCAGCGGGAGUGUGGAGUUGAAGAAGAAGCUGGAGCAGUGCGGCGUAGCAGCCUCAGCGGAGCUGGUGGUGGAGAUUCUUUCGCGUUUUCGCAACGAUUGGGAAUCGGCCUUCACCUUCUUCCUCUGGGCAGGAAAGCAGCGACCCCAUUCCGUGCGUGAAUACCACUCGAUGAUCUCCAUUCUGGGGAAGAUGAGGAAAUUCGACACUGCCUGGGCCCUGAUCGAUGAAAUGCGGAGCGGUUCGGGUUCGGGUUCUUCCCUUUCCCUCGUCUCUCCUCAAACUCUGUUACUCAUGAUUCGAAAAUACUCUUGUGCUCAUGAUGUUGGGAGGGCCAUUCACACUUUCUACGCUUAUAAGCGGUUUGCGUUUGAGGCCGGCAUGGAUGACUUCCACGGCCUUCUCUCCGCCCUCUGCCGCUACAAAAAUGUCCCUGAAGCUGAGCACUUGCUUUUCUGCAACUCACAUGUCUUCCCAUUUAACACCAAGAGCUUCAACAUUAUUCUCAACGGCUGGUCUAAUAUCAUCGUUAGUCCCCGCCACGCUGACCGAAUUUGGACUGAGAUGACCAACCGGGGCGUCCCCCACGAUGCCAUUUCCUAUUCAUGUCUCAUUUCUUGCCAUUCCAAAUCCUCCAAUCUCACCAAGGUGCUCAACAUCUUCCGCCGCAUGAACAAAAUGAAUGUUGAGCCUGACACUAAGGUUUACAAUGCCCUCAUUUUUGCUCUUGGAAAAGCCGGUCUCUUCAAGGAAGCUACCAAUCUCAUGGAAACCAUGCAAGAAAAGGGUCUUGCGCCCAACAUUGUCACUUAUAACUCCCUCAUCAAGACUCUCUGCAAGGCCAGGGAAAUUGAUCAAGCUACACACAUCCUCCAUGACAUGUUGCACCAUGGCCUUGUUCCAACAAUUCGGACUUACCAUGCCUUCUUCCGUAUUUUAUCAACCGGGGACCAAGUGUUUGAGCUCUUGGAAAAGAUGAAAAACACCGGUUGCCCUCCAAAUACUGAUACAUACAUAAUGUUGAUUCGGAAAUUCUGUCGAUGGCGCCAGCUUGAUAAUGUCUUCAAGAUUUGGAGUCAGAUGAGCGAGAAUGGAGUCGGUCCUGAUCGUAGCUCAUAUAUUGUGCUCAUACAUGGGCUCUUUCUAAAUGCCAAGUUGGAGGAAGCCCACAAAUAUUAUAUGGAGAUGAAAGAUAGACACUAUUUGCCAGAACCAAGGACAGAAGAGAUGCUUCAGGCAUGGUUGUCUGGUAAGCAGACUUCCAAAUUCCAAACAACAGAUGGAGAAGUUGAUCAAGUGGAUUGUACUCAGCCAGCUACGAAUACUAAACUAGUAAUCUCCAAGAAAUCUCCUCAGGAAAAAGAUUUCCGUCGGCAACCUGAAAGUAGGAAAGUUGUAAGAGAGCGGGGUUUUUCGUUUUGGGAGCAGUAGAUUUCAAUGAAAUGAAAAAUCUCAGCAGUUUGUGGUCUGUGUAUCCACACGGCCACGGCUGGUCAGCAACCUUGAGCAUCAGAUUUCCACGAGCUUAAAAAGAUCAUGACUUUGCAAGUGUGCCCGGAGUUAAAAUUUGAGUUGGAAGGCAGAUUGGAGGUGCUGGGAAGGUAUCUGGAGCCAAGAGUUCGUGGUGAGCAAAAUAUGACUCCAUGUCUGUUUGUGUGGUGUUGAAUGGAAAGGCAGGUUCUUGAGUUUAGAUCUCUUCUUUGACUCUUCAGCAUGUCUCUAUGAUUCUACAAACUCUUUUGGUAAAUGGAAAAUUAUACAAAGUUCUGCAGCAAUGUGGUGCAGAGCAAACUGCAGUAGAAAACAGGAUUCCAGCGAUAACAAACAAGAAAAAGGAGGUAGAUAGCUCUAGGAUUAAAGUUGGAAUUUGGAUAAUUCGGUUCUAGUGAAGGUAUCUCAAGAGAAACAUAUUCUGCAAUUUAUGAAUAUGAUAAAAUAUACAUGCAAAGACUCUUGAGUAAUUAUUUAUACUAGGCUACAAUAUCAGACUAAACAAAAAAAUAAAAAUACUAGGUUACAGUAACCCUCCUAUCCCUACAAUCACUUUAUACCUUAGCCCUACAAAAUACUUAAAGCUGUCAAAUUAAUCAAAAUGGGAGAGAUAACAAUAGACCUAAUAAAGUGGGAAAGUACUAAUAAAACCCUAACUUCAUUUUGGAAAGCCCUUUUGGAUGCUCUGCAUCCAUGUGGAUCAGAGUUAUUUUAUUUUAUUUUUUAAAAUUUUAUAUUGCUGGAAUUGUAAAUUUUGGUAGUCUUUUAUAUGUUAAAUUUGACAUUUUGACCUGAUGAAUUUUUCAUUUUGAUGAUUCCUUAUGAGUUUUGUAUUUCUUGAUGGCCGCUACAAACCAAAUUUAGUUUCAUCAAAACUAUAUUAAAUCUUCUGGAAAUGACUUGAGAUUUUGGAGGAAUAAAGUUUCACGUGUCUAUUGUAUA